GCUUGCUCGUCCUUGCCGAAUGCCAAUGCGUUCAUGUACCUCCUGAAUAGCUCAAAGACUUGUCUAACGACAUUUUAUCGAAGGUGGAACAGAGAUCACAUAACCUUGUCCUUGCUCGCAUCCGAGAAGCAGACGUGCUCAAAAUGCCAGCCCUGCCAGAAAUCCUGAUCCAUAUCCCCCGGAACCCGGCCAUUGCAAUUGGCGUGCCUGUCGGCCUUGGCUUCGCGACCGGCUUUCUCACGCGUAACAGCAAGUAUGGUCCACAAAGCAUAUGGUAUAAGUCGCUGCAAAAACCGAGCGGCAACCCGCCAAACUGGUCUUUCGGAGUCGUUUGGCCCACACUAUACGUCUGCAUGGGAUGGAGCUCUCAUCUGAUGGUUAAGGCACUAGAAAGGACUCCUCCGGGCUUCGGACGUGACAGGGCGCACCUUGCCCUCGGCCUCUACUGGGGCCAGUUGGCCCUUAACAAGGCCUGGUCCGCCAUUUCUUUCGGAACCGGCAACCUCGGUCUGGCGCUGAUUGACAUCGUCUCUUUGACGGGGGCAGUCGGCUACUUGAUCCACGUCCUGCAGGACGUCGAGCCGACAGCUUCCUAUUUCCUUGCCCCGUACAUUGCUUGGCUGUCCUACGCGACGUACCUCAAUGGCUCGCUCUGGUGGAACAACUUCGGCAAGCACCAGUUUGCAAAUCUGAGGAAGAAGGCCGACUAAGCUGACAGCAAACCAUCGCGAAUGUAUCCUUAAUGAGCCUGUGAAGCUGGGCUGGAAGCCACAAAAUUGAUGUUUGGCAAUGACAGAGGCUUGCUAUGGUACAAUGGGGUGAGAUGCUCAUGUAGCGGUUGCUGCAAGCAUCGAGUUUCAACUUUGUAGGAUCCGCUGCGCGACUCUGUGGGUUAUCAGGAAAUGCGAUGAUCAGCUUAUGAGCACGAAGAGGCAGUCAUAGGAUAACACACUUGUCCCGCAGAGUCGAGUAGGCAUUCAUGAUGGCUGGAAUAGAA